AGAACAGAAGGCUUGAGGAGGAUGGUGAGUGUUUCACUCAAGGUCACAUGACCAGGAACCCUUGUGCUGACACAGGAUCCGUCCAUAUAAUCCAGGGUAACCUUCCCCAUCUCAGGAGACUUCAUUCCUCAGUGCCUGCAAAGUCCCUCCUGCUGGUAAGUGGCUGCUUCCCCAGUUCGGAUGUUCUUAAUCCCCAUGGAGCCACAACCGUAGCCAUGGCGAUACGGGUGGAGGUCGGCGCCCUAACUCCCCUGACAGGAGUGCCAGGCCUUGGCGAGAUCUCCAAGGAGGAGACCCUGAAGCGGACCUACUUCUGCCAGGCUGGAGACGCCCCCAGGGCACCCUCAGCACUGCUUCUGGAAGGGAAAAGCCCCCUUAGGAGCCCAGCCCGCUUACUUCCUCUGCCCAGACUUGCCCCCAAGCCCUUCUGCAGAGAGAAGGUCCCGGAUGUGAAGCCCUUUGUCCCAUCCCGAGGGCCCAGCCCAACUAGCCCUUCUCCUCCCUGUGGGCACCCCAAGGAUGUGGUGGCAAAGGACCUGAAUGAGAAGAUGCCUGGCUUGGUGGGGCAGGAGGCAGGGAAUGGGGAGGGCCUGAGGAGAAGCUCGUCCCUGUUCAACAAGACCACCUUCCUACGUCCCCGAUCCAACACCAUGAUUGCCUUUGAAACCAUCAAAGCCGGCCCUGCUCUGGGGAAGGGGAUCAGUGAGGGGGCUCGGGAGGCCACCACAGGUGUGUCUCAGGAGCCCGCUCCAGGCUCCCGGCCUGAGGGGAUUGCCAAGCCUGCUCUGCCUGCUCGAAAGCCUGGGACCCUUCCCCGACCGGCCUCCCUGCCCCAGGACAUCAGGCCAGCUGUCCCCCAAGAGGAGAAAGGCCCAAAUGAGACUCUGUCAAAGGUCAGCAGUGUAGAGGACACGGGGGACCCCACUCUGGAGCCCAAGCCUCGCCUGAGGAGAAGGCCUGUGUCGGCCAUCUUCAUUGACUCCAUUCAGCCUCAGAAGCCAGGCCCCGGUGGGGCAGCUACAGGGGGAAAAUCACCCCCCACCCCGCCUGAGAAGACGUGGGUGAGGAGGCCCAGGCCUCUGUCCAUGGACCUCACAGCCCCAUUUGAGAGCAAAGAGACCUUGCUGAAGAAGGUGGCCAAUGAGGCCACCGCGGGUUCCAUUGCCCAGUGUCGGGGGCUGGAGAGGUCCGACCCGGAGACCCAAGUGAGCACAGAGUGUUUGGUUAGAGCAAACCCUCGCCUUUGGGACCCAGACUCAGAUGUCCUGGAGGUAGCCAAGAAGACCCGAGAACAGAAGGAGAAGAUGCUUUUCAAGCAGGCGGAGACGGGCAGCCUCAGACCUGUGGGGGGCUCAGCCCAGGGCACCCCCACGGAGGACCAGCCUCCUGGGGAGGAGAAGGCUAAGCUGCUCAGGGAGCCAGAGAAGGCACCCCCUUCCCCCUCUCCCAGACCUGGAAAAGAUCAAGAGUUUUCUGAGGUCAAGAGCAGAGCAGCCGACGGGGACAGCCGACCAGAGGGAGGAUGGACCCUCGGGGGCAGCGUCAAGAAGUGCAUCAGCCUGUUUGGGGAGGAGAGCACCUUGGCCUUGGCAGCAGACUCUGAACGCCAACCGGCCACCCCUGAGCCCCCGUCGGCUGCCCCAGGGCCCGAGAAAGUGGGUGUGAGUGUCCAGGAGAGGAUCAAAGGCUGGGCUGUGGAGAACUCCGAGGCAAAGCCAGAGAUCAGGAAGAAGACCUUCCAAGCACGGCCUUUGUCAGUGGAUCUGACCAAACUGUUUUCGAGUCCAGUGUCAAGCAAUGAAGUCAAGUACGAGAAGUGUUCUGAGCUAAGUGGCGAGCUUCCUAAGGAACCCGGAGAAAAGCAAAAGGAAGGCCAUGGUGUGGAUGGAGUAUCUGUCCUGAGAAGCCCCUGGAAGCCUGGUUUGCUCCGGGAGAAGUCUAGGCAGACAGAGCGGAAAGACAGCUCUCACCAAGUCCCCAGCACCUGUCGGGGUGAAAGCUUGAGGAGGACUCUGAGCCCUCCUGACAGCACUACAGAAGAUGAUGGAAGCUUCCAGACUGUGUGGGCCACAGUGUUUGAGCAUCAUGUGGAGAGACACACAGUGGCUGACCAGUCACGACACUGUCUCUUGGCCACGCGCCCCAGGGAUGGGGCGGAUGCCCGUGUCUCAGAAGUCAGACCUAGGCACGAGAGAAGCUCUUGGCUGGAGAAGGGUGUGCCAGAAAAGACAAACCUUGUGAAACAGAACUCCAGAUGGGUUGAAAAUCCCCGUACAGAGAAAUGGGGACAGACCGCCCUUCUGAAUGGUGAACCCAAAGGGUUUCACAUGCCCUUCCCUGAAGAACACCCUUUGGAUGAGAAAUGCAAUAAAAACCCCAUCCUCCAACGCUCCGAAAAGCCUCCCCCAUCCCAGAGGGUUGAGCCCAAGUAUGGCAUUGUGCACACGGUCGGCAAGCGUGUACACAGUGAGGCCAUCCCCACGGUAUCAGAGGAAAAAGCCGUGACCCUGCGAAGUGGCCGAUCUCAGCUCUCUCCAAAGGGGAGGCAGCAGUCGCAUGAGGUCACCCCUGCUGACCUGGAGUGCAGGCUGGAAGGUCAGGCGGGGUCUGUCCAAAGGGCCAGUUUGAUUUGGGAAGCUCGAGGGACUCACGAUGUCAGUGGGCUAAAGCCUGACUUCCGAGAGCCGAGGGACACAUUUGGGGGCAAUUGCCUGUCACCCAAAUGGACAGGUGGGGUGACUGUGAACUGGCAUAAAGCCACCAUGGUGGCCAGUGAAGAGAAAGGCUCAGAACUGAGCACCGAAGUCAAGAGCGAGCACCCAGCCAGGCUCUGUGGCCCCGAAGCCGGCUCUGGUAGGGCCCGCCAGGCUGCCAUCAGGGAAGCCCCGCAGGAAGGGCCGGAUGGGGCCAGGAACAAGUCAGGAGACUGCAGCUCCACAGGAGAAAGGGGUGCCCCCCAGGGGUUCCCUCUGGAUCUACCAACCAGGAAUCAGGACAAGCCGUCUGACAUACGGGCAUGGAUACAACCAGAAGUGCGUGGGCAGAAGGGACGCCUCGCUAUGGCUGCCGGUGAGGGUGAGCCACAACCGGCCCAGGCACCAGAGCCCAAGGCCAAGAUGCGGAAGGCGGGUCCCCCGGACCAGAGGCUUGAGAGGUGGCGACGGCGGACAUUGCCCCAUGACGUGAAGUUUGACGAAUUCAGCUUCCUGGGCCCAGAAAACUCCUGGAAGGUGGAGCAGAGACGAACAGACCAUUCGAGCCCCACCACCAGUGCCUUAAGGAAACCUGAGCUAUCCCCCCACAGGGUGGAGACCCGGGAGUUGAGCCCAGGUGCUUCCCAGGACCCAACUCAGCCAGCAGUGAAGCAGGGGUCAUCUUUGGAACCCAGGGCGACAUUUUUCGCAGUGACAUAUCAGAUUCCUGAUACUCAGAAAGCAAAGAGCAUUGUUAAGUCAGGGCCUGAAAACUUGACAGAACAUUCUAGAAAAACAAUCCUGCCUCCUCCUCUUCCUCUAACAUCCACCUUGGUUUCUCUUAACCAUGAAGAGCCACUGGAGGCCAAGGGCAGUAACAACUGGACUAAGGGCAAAGAACACCACAGUGCGAGCUGUUCAAAACCUCUGAAGCCAGCAGACCGCCCAUCACCUCUUAGCGACAGGACUCUGGAUUCUUCUAGUGAAAGAAUCCUGGAUGCUGAAGCCUUAUGGAUCCGUUGGGGACCAGAGGAUGGCACCGGUUUUCAGAACAAUUCGAAGGAUAGUGGGAACAGAACACCUCCCAGCAAUGCCCCCAAAACACCUCCAGCUUCCAAAAGCCACUCAGAAGCCAUUGAUCUCAUCAGGAGGGACCCUGAGGUGGGCAGUACAAGGGUCCCAGGGAGGAUCAAAGAUGGCUACAGAUCUAGCGUUCUCGACAUCGAUGCUCUAAUGGCCGAAUACAAGAAGCAGGAGGGUCAGGAGCUGGUGGAGGGUAAGCCCACAUCGCCCAGCAGCUCAACUCUGGAGAGGCCAGGCCAGCAAGGCAGGGUGGACCCAAGAAGGAGGAGCUGGAAGGAGAGGUCUGAAGCUGAGAGUCUCCACAAACCAGCCAGUUUUGCCGAAGCAAACCACGGUUCUGCUCCUGGCGCCGUCAAGCAGCCAGCAGAAGCCUUGUGGACAGCCACAAACACCGAGCUCAGCCCUCCUCUGUGGGCUCCGCCGCUCUCAGCUCCUAAUGAAAAACAUCCAGAGACCUCCUCUGGUCCCGUGGGUCCCUGGAGAAAAGUUUUGGGAGUCCCUGAGGAUGACAGAAAGGAUUUUGUUAGUAAACAUCAGAGUGUAAAGUAUCAGAAUUCCCUAGCCGAGUCAAAGCCCACUCCCUGGGAGGAUGUGGGCAGUGGGGCCUGUGUGUUGGCCAGAUCCACUCUCACUGACCAGAAGAAAGGGACCCCAAAGAAAUCCAUCAGCAGGGGAGGAGAGAGCAGUGUGGUCCAGUGGGGUGAGCACCCAUACGACUGUGGCAGGUCACUGCUGAAUGUCAAGAGGGCCUGUUCAGAAAAGGGCCCCCCUGCCAAAGUCUGGGAGGGCCUGUCUGUGAUGCAGGAAGCCAGAGAGAGGAGGCAAGAGCAGCCCAAAGAGAGGUCCAGCCUCCCCAGAGACAGUUCCAAGGCCAAGGAGACCAAAAUGGGACCCUGCCGGCGGGAGUCAGACACUCGAGACAUUCAAAAGGUGCUGCCACAGAAUGUGGAGAAGGAGGAUGCCCUGCCAGACAGGGAGCAGCCGCUCUGGCCGCGGUCACCCGCAACCUUGGGCCCCCAGAGAAGCCACAGUUUAUGCAAGGACAAGAGGAGUGGGCCCUUUGUGGACCAGCUGAAGCAGUGUUUCUCCAGGCGGCCCCCCGAGGCCAAGGACACCGACACCCUUGUGCAGGAAGCUGACAGCCAGUAUGGGACAUGGACAGACCAGCGCCAGAGCGGGGAGAGUCUGGCCCCCGAGUCCCCAUCCCCGGACAGCAGUGCCCUGUCAGCCCAGAGGCAGCUCCCCAGUAGCCGCUUGUCCUCACUGUCCUCCCAAACGGAGGCCACCUCAGCUGGGGACCCGCACAGCUGCUCCAGGGACCAGCGGAGCACCAGCGUGGACCAAUCCAGCACCGAUUUGGAAUCCACCGAUGGGAUGGAGGGGCUGCCCCCGCUGGACCCCUGCCCCACGAAGAGGGUGGACGACUUCUCCUUCAUUGAUCAAACCUCAGUCCUCGACUCAAGUGCCCUCAAGACCCGGGUGCAACUCAGCAAGAGAAGCCGCCGCCGGGCUCCCAUCUCCCACUCCCUCCGGCGCAGCCGAGUUAGUGAGUCGGAGAGCAAGUCUCCUUUGGAGGAGGAGGCCGACAGUGCGUGGAUGUUCAAGGACUCGACAGAAGAGAAAUCUCCCAAGAGGGAAGAGUCAGAUGAGGAGGAGGAGAAGCCUUCCAGGGCUGAGAGGACCCCCACCAGCCACCCACAGAGGAUGCCUGUGUUUCCGGGCAUGGACCCCGCAGUGCUAAAGGCUCAGUUGCACAAGAGGCCGGAGGCCGACAGCCCCAGUGAGGCCCCAGGCUGGGCCCCCCAUCCCAAGACGCCCAAGGCUCCCUUCACUCUGGGCAGUCGCGUGCUGCCCUCCAGCGUGGAGAAGGACGACAGGUCGGAAGAGCCCUCUCCCCAGUGGUUAAAGGAGCUAAAAUCCAAGAAGAGGCAAAGCCUGUAUGAGAACCAAGCUUGAGCAGACAGGGGACACUGCCACGUAUAAUGAACAGAAGCCUUAACUGUCAGAACCCGAAGAUGAGGCCAUGCUGAUGCUGUUCCUGCCUAGACCCUUCCAGCCGGGUGGAGAACACAGCCCGGUGACUCCCGCCCCCUGCAGAGGCUCUCUCCAGAUCGGGAUGCAAAGACCCACCCUCUUCCAGCACCUGCACGUCUCCCCAGACAGCACUUGAGGCGGAGAACAAAGCCAGGCUGCCCAGAAUUGUCCAUGCUGGUGGUUUUGUGUUUUACGUGAACAAUGUCCAUUUCCACUGUCUCCACCCGGAGACAUCACUCCGGGAAGAUCAAUCUGAGUUGAACCAUCUCCCUGGGCUCUGGAAAACACCUGUAUUGUGAAAGUAUUCCUUGCCCCGACACCAGGGGAGGUCCCUUUCAAAAGCCUAUUUCCAAGGAAGAAGAAACUCAAGUUUCCUGCUGUAAUUGUGGCCCAAGGCAGCGUCACUGGGUUGGGCUGCGUUGGGUUUUUUGGUGAGUUCCAUCUCCCUCCCUCUCCAAGAAUCAGCAGCUCCAGUGUUUUAAACAUACCCAUCCUUAUUUCAGGUGUGUUUAUCCUUACAAUGGGGCUGUGUGCAGAGAUGAUCUGUUCAUUAUACAUCACUUUGGUUUGCUUUAGAAGGCGUUAAAGCAAUAAUUCAGCCAAUUGUCUUUGAAAUUUGAUAUGUAUAUAUGUUUUUUACGUUCAAGAGCAGAAGGAAAGGUGUAUGAAUAAUUUGCUUGAAGUAUCUGAUCAUCUCAGGUUAUCUUACCCCAUCCAUGCUUUAAAAAAAAAAAAAUUCCAGCUGUCACCUCUGUGUAUAUAUUUUCCUGGUUUCUUUUCAUUUGAGCUCUGGUUUCUGUGGAGUGACCUUUGUCCCUUGGCCUCAAGGGUUCAUCAGGGGCAGCAGCCUGGAUGGCAGUGCCUUUCCCUCUCAAACAGCAGACCUGCCCUGAGAAUCUUCUUCUCCAGUCUUUUUUGAACAGCACCCAAGAUACUGGCGUAGAAGAUUCAUUCCAAAUUGGAACAAAUGCAUGAAUGGGGGGAGGUUUUCUUCUCUUUCUUCUCACCUCUUCCUUCUACCACUCCCCUGCCCCACCCCGUGCAAACCACCUGACAGAGUGCUUCCUUUAGGACUAAAUGUAGGAAGGGAGGGUCUUGCUGAAAUCUUCUCUGGACAGAAGUGCUGGAUGCUAGGUGACAAAGUAUAGGGUUUGCCUUGCCUCUUUUUUUUUUUCUUCCUUGCUCUAAGCUCAUUCCCAGGAAUCUCUAAGACCUCUGGGGGUCGUAGGCACUCUCUACAUGGUCUUUUUUUUUUUUUUUGAAAUCCUCAACACCAGCCUCCUCCAUCUCUGAAACCCAAGGCUCCAGCAAACAUCCCAGAUAGGCUUGACUGGCCACCUGCCAUCCCUGGAGUUGCCAAAACCGUGUGCCAAUCCUGCUGGGGAGAAGCCCAUUGGUGAGAAAGACACCUGGGACAGUUCACAGGGCCCCCUGGUACUGCUGAGGGGCCCCAGGACUGAGUUUUGUAAGGCUAGAUGUGGAAUGGAUGGGCCUUACCUACUGAUUUCCCCAGACAUGCAAGUCUUUAUUGAAAAUCCAUUAUUUGCAAAAGGUGUCAAAACAUACUUUCCUUCUCCCUGGCCAUGUCUCCAGGAGUCUCCAUUUGUCUCCCCAUCUCUUCUUUCUCAUCAUCCUUUACCAUCUCUUCCUUCACUUGGGGUGAAGGAUGGAGAGCAAACUGUUUCUCCAGGUUCAGCACCACGGACAGGGACUGAAGCUCCUCCCCAGCCCCAGGUCCUGUUGGGUGACCUUGGGCUACCAAUGGGCAGUUGUUGGACCCUGUCACCCACCAAGCCUUUUGCAUCAGGAGCCUCAUGUCUAGAGAUUUGGCCCUGCUUGAUAAUAGUUUGUGUUCUUUUCAUUCCCUGAGUUAGUGGUCAGUCAGUUUUCUGUGGCCAUUAGGUGGAGAUUUGAUUCCUCCAGGAACUGCUGCUUUGGGUGAAUUAAUUUUUUCUUUCUUUCUUUCUUUCUUUCUUUCUUUCUUUCUUUCUUUCUUUCUUUCUUUCCUUCCUUCUUUCUUCCUUCCUUUCUUUUUUUUAAAGAUUUUAUUUAUUUAUUUGACAGAGAUCACAAGUAGGCAGAAAAGCAGGCAGAGAGAGAGAGGAGGAAGCAGGCUCCCUGCUAAGCAGAGAGCCCCGAUGUGGGGCUCAAUCCCAGGACCCUGGGAUCAUCACCUGAGCCGAAGGCAGAGGCUUUAACCCACUGAGCCACCCAGGCGCCCCUUUUCUUUUCUUUCUUUUCCUUUCUUUUAGAUCUGGUUAAUGUUCUGUUUUGUGGGGUUUUGUGGUUUUGUUUUGUUUUUAAGUUCAACGCAGGGCUUGAACUCAUGAUCCUAAGAUCAAGACCUGAGCUAAGAUCAAGAGUCCGAUGCUUAACCAACUGAGCCAUCCAGGAGCCCCUAGAUCUGGUUAAUGUUUUGAAACAAUGUUGAUACAAUGGCUUUGCAGGUCAGUAGGUCCCCUUUAAAGUCACUCCUCAUGUCCUGACCAAUGCUUCCUGGCUGCUAUCUGUCUUUCCUUCAGGUGGGAAGGGCCCCUUGGUACCAUCUUAGACAACAGGAACUGACCUGCUCUGUUCAAUGAGACUAUAGAUACAAUGCAAAACUCUCCGAUUCUUAAUUACGAAUGUUGUAGCCCAAGUAUACCCAACAGGAAAGAAAAACACGAGACUUAACCUGGAGACUUAAACUUGAGAUUAACCUGGAGAUCUUUUGCCUAACCUCCCAUACCUGAAUUGGAAACAGAAAUCCAUUUAAUUCCUUGGUGAUUAAAACAUACAAAGUCCACCCCCCUCCCAUGAAACUGACGAGAGAAGCCUCACCUCUCCACUGCACAGCAGACCCUCACAGUGGGUCAGGAGCUACCCUCUCCAUGCAGACUGCCCUUGACCUCUGGACCCCGCUGUGCUCAGUCCAGUGAAGUUAGAAGUGAAUGAUGCUUGGAACUUUUUCGGAUAGCUGGGCAAGUGCAUUGUUGCUUUUCCCUUCUUUGUAAGCUGACUGAGCUCUCUGAUGCUAAGCAAGAGGUUGUUUGCUAGUUUCUUGAGUUGGCCUGGAGCCACCUUUGGAAAUCUAUUUUUAAACUAACUUAAUAUGCCUUAAUCGUUUGUAUGCAAUCAAGUCACCUGCCCUCAUCCAAUCAGCUUUCUGGGGGCCUUUGGCUCUCCUUAAAUGAGAGCCUUUCAUAGAACGCAAAUCCCUAUGUAUGUACAAUCUCUACACACACACACACACACACACACACACACACACACACCCUUUGUACAUCAGCAUUUUGACGGCUGGUGUUUUGAUAAGUCUGUAUCUAAACACACACACAUACACACACACACAUCCUUUGUACAUUAGCGUUUUGAUGGCUGGUGUUUUGAUAAGUCCGUAUCUAAACACACACACACACACACACACACACACACACACACACAUCCUUUGUACAUUAGCGUUUUGAUGGCUGGUGUUUUGAUAAGUGCGUAUCUAGAUCCCCUUCCUCGUGGCCUUUGCCUGAUGAAACAGAGGCCUUUGGCCUAUGAAACCCCACAGUGGGGCCUCAAAAAUUAGUAUUGUGGAGAAUUCCUUGGUGCCCCCAGAGAAAUUCUGGUGAAACUGAAACCUCGAGUUGUUUCAUGUUGGGGGUUUUGAGUGACACAGACCUGACAGCCUCAGGCUAUCCAGGAUUCGAGAAAAGGACAAUCAGGUGGGAGCUCUUCCAGGGAGGCAGGCCAACCCCUUUCAGACAAAGGUGUUUGCCUUUGUGCAUCCAGGGAAACGAGGCCAACUCUAGAUAUUGCUAAGGAGCGAACAUCGAAAUAGGCUUGAGCCUGAGGUCCCAGAGCUUAGAGGCUGUGCAAGGGAGUGGAGGAAACCAUUGGCAUGCUUCCCCCCACAGAAGGGAGCUCGGCUGCUUGUCCUCAGCCCUAGCGGCUGCCUUGUCCACUUAACGCUUGUACAUUUAAAUUUCCACUAUGAUGCCCCCAGAUUGCCCCAGAAGCUAGGCAUGAUCACAAAGCUGAAAAUCCACAGGUGUGUGGUCAAAUCACCUCCAAAACUACGUGCGUUUUUAAAGGCGACUUGGGCCUGUGUGGAAGACAUUGUCCCACAGAGAGGACUGGAGCCUGCCUCUCCCUCACCAGUGUCUGUUUUGUGCCCUCAAUCCCUGUGAGUCCCCCCCGGCCCCCCAGUCCCAUUAUUCAGUACAGGAAGCCAAAUUACUUAGCCUUCAUGUAAACUAGCAUUUCAGUGUGAACCCGAGGGGGAGAUGUGGAGGCAGGAGAAAAGUUCCAUCCAACGGAAGACACCCUUGCCCCUAAGUUACACCGUAACAGGUAACUGCAGUCACGGGGAAGCCUGCCACACCCUCAAUUGUGCCUUUCUUCCUCCACCACAUGUUAAAACGUGGAAGCAAAACUCCCAUGGCCUCGUGAGUCCACGGGGUAAGAGGGACAAUGUUGACAUGGAGGGAGCCACUCCACAUCUGGACGGGGGCCCACCUUGGUGACAGCCACCUGGGGAGCCAUGGAUCCGGCUCUGCUGAGGAGCUGCUAUGAGUCAACCCUGUUGGGAUUUGGGGGAACUGAAGUUCUGAAAAUUCAGAGCCACGUGGAAAGCCACGGUCUUCACCAGCCUCUCCCCUUUGGUUGCCACCCCUCUAGAAUUUUUCUCUGGUUUGGAUUGGGUCCUUCAGGGAGGGGUGCAGAAAUCUUGUGUUCUGGAAAAUCAGCCUGAGGUUCCUAGCAAAUUAACCUUUAAAAUCAAUCAACUUAUCCCCCUCUCCCACCCCCCAAAUUUCCUUAGAGUCACCCUCUAACCUGCUACCUGAUAAUCUUCCUCCAUGAAUCAGACUGGCCUUUUUUUUUUUUUUUUUUUUUUUUGGACAGUCUCUAAUGGUGUCACACCUGUAAAAACAAACAAACAAAACCACGCCAUUGUCUAAAGAACAAUUUGAGCUUUUUGCCGGUCUCAUUCCACAUAGCCUUAUAGAUCUGUAAACUGGGGGCUCACAAAGUAAUAUAUUGUGUUAUGGAAGAUAUUUUGUACUGUGUUGUUUCCUGAAUCAUACCAAUAUUCUAGAAGUGAUGCACUUCCCAGAUGACCCUGAUCCUCAAAACAGUUUGUAAGAAGGGGCGGGGAGUGAAAAUACAUAUAAAUACACUAUAUUUUCUGAGCCUUUCUUCUGAGUCCCUUCCUGAGUCAUGGCAGGAAAGAAACUGGAGUCCCCUGUACAGGAAAGUCACACCUGCUGCCUGCUGGCGUUCUUGCAAUUGCCUUACGAAUUCACAAGCUCUAAGGGGUUCUGAACAGAAGGUGGACGACAGGCACUUUCUCCAAUCCCAGAAAGAAUCUCUACUCGUGUGACUGAGAAUUCAUCUAGAAAAACCUAUAUUUUUAACGUUGAAACAAACGGGGCUUCCUGGACCUCACAGAGUAUUGGGUAUCUACAAGUGCUUUUAUAUUUUGUAACUGUAAAGAGGUUUCCUACGGACAAAAGAACAGUUGGGGACCUGGCCAACUGCUGUCACACAGAAUGACCUCUGCAUGUACAAAGAUGUUGCAUUCAGACCAUGAAAAUAGCAAAUAAAGCUUUGAUGCAAGUUGCACUGAAGAA